CAUCAAGACGGAAGUAACGGCGCGCCGGAAGUUCAAGGCCAGCACCGGGAAAGAAGUGGGGCCGGGGGGAGGGGAAAACGACUGAGGGUAGGAAUGGCGGCCCAAAUUCCAAUUGUGGCCACCGCUUCCACUCCGGGGAUAGCUCGGAACAGUAAGAAGAGGCCGGCCAGCCCGUCCCACAACGGCAGCAGUUCCGGAGGCUACAGCGCCGCUAAGAAGAAAAAAGUGUCCGCCUCUGGCUUUGCACAGGGUAUCAGCAUGGAAGGCAUGAGUGAGAAUAAAGUGGCACCCUCUGACUUUAGCACUGGGCCUAUGGAAAAAGCUGCUAAACCUUUGCCAUUUAAGGACCCCAACUUUGUGCACUCUGGCCACGGUGGAGCAGUAGCUGGCAAGAAGAAUAGAACCUGGAAGAACCUGAAACAAAUUCUCGCUGCUGAAAGGGCAUUGCCAUGGCAACUGAACGAUCCUAACUAUUUUAGUAUCGAUGCUCCUCCAUCCUUUAAACCAGCUAAGAAGUAUUCAGAUGUUUCAGGUCUUCUUGCCAAUUACACUGACCCCCAGAGCAAGCUGCGCUUCAGCACCAUUGAGGAGUUUUCCUACAUUCGGAGGCUGCCAUCCGACGUCGUCACUGGCUACCUGGCCCUGAGAAAGGCCACGAGCAUCGUUCCCUGAGCUGGGGAAAACGGAGAGCAAGUGGGAAACUGUUUCAAAGACAGACUUUGGACUCAUGAUUUUGUUUCAUGGAAACAAACUCAUUCUGUUGUCAAUCUGGAAAUGUCAGCGCUGUGCCUUGGAAAGAAGGUUUGGCUUUCAUUUGAGGGUUUUUUUCCCCUGUGUUUUUCCUCCAAGUGUGAUAUUUCCUGUUGAAUUAAAUUAUACUUCAGUUGUUGCCUCAAAUAAAGAUGUUUGACAAGAAAAUAGAAAAUUGUGCUUUUAGUUUAA